AUGAGAAUUCUAGCAUUGCAUGGUGUCGGCAGUUCUGCCAAGAUCCUAGAGAGCCAGCUCGUUGGCUUGAUGAGAUCGGUCGACGCAAGCUACGAGUUUGUGUUGGUUGACGGAGCUGUACCAUCGCACCGCGGGCCUGGCAUGAGUCCAGCUCUCAGCGGACCGUUCUAUUCCCACGCGACGGGAUACUCGCCCUCAGAAAUUCAGGCUGCGCACCACCAAAUCGCUGCCACUGUCGACGACCUAGGCCCUUUCGAUGGCAUAUUAGGCUUCAGUCAAGGUGCAUCACUAGCCCUGUCGUACAUCUACCACCAGCAAGUCAGCGGCGAAGAGCCCGACUUCAAGUUCGCCAUUCUCUUCUCAUCCGUCGUGCCAUUCUCGGCAGACUCGACAUAUUGCGAAAGUGAAAUCGACCAACUUUGCACAUAUCGUCGCAGCGGGAUGCACGCAAAAGAUCUCGCACCUCGGCAGCAAGUCUUUAAUGACUGUCUAGUUCGGACAUUCCAAUCUGCUUUGAAAAUCGGGGCCGUCCUGUCGGACUUUAACCAAGAUUUCUUCAGGGAUGCAGGCGCCACGGUCCCUCGUGUACUGCAUCCCAUGUUACUUUCAGAGCGCAUUCAUAUUCCAACGGUCCACGUGUCUGGCAGGCGAGACUUUCCUUUCAUGCACGACAUGCAUGAGAUAGGGUACCAGAUGUGCGAUGCCAGGCUUUCUAAGAAGCUGCAUCACUCAGGAGGGCACCAUCCACCCAAGAAGGAGUCUGAAAUCAAGGCCGUUGUGAGGGCUAUGGAAUGGGCGGUGGAUCAAUACUACCGACAGCCACCAUCAUUUUUAUGA